AUGGCCGCUUGGAAGCUAGCCUCCACGGCCGACGCCGGGGUGGUCUCCCUCCUCCUGCGGCCAAACGACGGUCUGACCGUCGGGCGUGAGCACUGCGCUGGCGACUGCAUGCAGAUCUCCCGCAAUCAGAUCGCGUUCCGCAACGCGGGCGACGGCGAGGUGAGUGCGACUGUCAUCGGGCAGGGGCGCGUGCGUGUCAACAGCAGGGGCGACAGCCGUGUGCUGGCCAAGGGCGAGAGCCUGGUCCUCGCCGACGGUGACGAGCUGCAGCUGUACACGCUCCAACCCGACCGCGUGUGGGGAGGCUGGAGGGUUUGCAGCCCCGGCAACGCGGCUGGAGGGCUUGCAGCGUCGGAGGUCCCGCCGGCUGCAGGCGGUGCCGGUCCGCCGCCGCCGCCGCGCGAGUCGGGGACGGAUGCGGGUGGACAGGGCGGGGAGGCCCCGUGCACCGAGGCCGGUUUCUCGACGGGCGCGUGCCGCGUGGUUCCCGGCUGCCGCGAGCGCGGCUGGGAGGGGGGCAGGCUCGUGUGGGGGGGAGGAGGGGCGGUGGGAAGAGAGCCGUGCGGCGGCGGUGCGCUCAGCGAGGUGGAGGCGCACUCGCUGCGGAGCGCCGUCGAGGAUCUGCGGCGGCUGCCCGGGCUGAGCGUCAUCCAGGAGUCGCAGGGCGGGGGGCGACACGACUUUCUCGUCGACCGGCUGAUGCGCGCCCCGGGCGCGGUGACGUGUGUGCUGCAGUCGGGAGUCACGCAGCUGCGCGCCUACGCGGACGACGGCGACGAGGCGAACGUCGCCGGCGCCGUCACGCUGAGGGAGCAGCAGCGGGCAGUGAACCGAGGCGGAGCCGAGGAGAGGCGCGCGGAGAGGGCACGGGAACCGCGCCCCCUCACUCCGGCGGGGUCUCUGCUGCUGACACACGAAAGCGCCGCGCCGUGCAGGUACGCCGAGCUCCUCGCGUGCGCGGUCGAGAAGAGGCACGCGCGCCGCGGCAUCGGCCGCCUGCUGGUGGCGUGGGCCAAGCUGCACGCGGCCGCCGAGGGGCUGCGCUUCCUCCUCGUCUCCGCCUCGACGGACGUCGUCGAGUACUGGCGCGGCCUCGGGUUCGACCACCCGCCCGCCCGGCUGCGGCAGGUUUGCCACGAGCUCAAGCUGGAGUUUGACGACUCGGAGGUGCUGCACCUGCAGCUGCCCUCGGCCGGCGGCGGGGCGCUCGAGGCGGAGCUGGGCGAGGCCAUCGCGCGCCUGCGCGCACGUCCUGUGGGGGGGCAGAAGCGGAGCCGAGGCUCGUAA